AUGAACUCCCUUGAAAAGAUUUUCAAUUCAAUAAAAUCUUCGAAUACAAGGGAAAUGAAGCUAUUUAGUACAAAAGAACUUAUAAAGCAACUCAAAGAAUAUGAUGAUUACAUCCUGUACAUUCUCAAGAAUAUAUAUGCGCUGAUAUCGUCAGAAAAUAGCCACAACAGAAUGUGUGGUGCCAAGAUCCUAAAUUCACUCUCCAACUUUGAAUAUUCCUUUGACUUUACUCUUGAGAGUUCUUCGCAGACCACCGACUAUGUAUAUCUCCAAUCCAAGAGUAUGGGCAAUACCCAAUUCUCAGACAUCUCUAAACAAAAAAGAGAAAUACAGAAAGCCUUAGAUCUAGAAUAUGUAGAUGCAGAGCUAAUUGAAUAUUCUGAUAUUGCAGACAAUGGCACUGUGAGGAUAGAGUUGAAGACUGCAGAGUACAGGGAGAAACCCAUAGAAAAUGUAUAUGACUUUUUUGAGGCCAUCAAUUUGAUUCUCCUAAGCCCAGACUGGUACAAAAGGCAUGGCGGCUUUAUUUCAUACUGUGCUAUUUUAGCAUCAGCACAUAAUUGGAAUUUUGAUUUAGAUGUGGGUAUUACUGCGCAAAAGGGCGGGGGUGAACGCGGAAAUGAAAGUGUGCGAAAAGACGACCGUGUUGGCAAGAUCAAGAUUACCCUGUGUGGCGAUCUUUUCAACAAGAUUUUUGAAAUAUUCAAAAACGAUAAAUUCAAUGAUUUUCAAGGCGACGUCACGUCAAGCCCAGUAAAGGAGGCUGCCAGUAUACUUUUGAAGUAUAUCUAUCCAAUGAUGAAUAAUAAGCUAAUUUUGUAUGAGAUUACACACCUUCUUACAUCCUCCGACUGGCAGGAGCAAUUCUCGGCUCUGCUGGCCCUUUCGCAACUGAAGGAGCACUUUACACAGGAUCUAAUUGAUGGUAAUGGUUUGCUAGAAAAUUUUAUGGAUCUUCUGAUUGGCCUACUUGAAAGUGAGGAUGAGGAUGUCAAGUAUCUAAGCGCAGAUCUACUAGGAUACAUCGUUGAGAAGUUCAGAGUGAGCGACGUCAGUAUUGGUCUAAUAAAGAAUAAGUGUUGGACGGAGGUUGAGAACGAUGCUGCCAUAGCACAUUCUAAAGCAUCUAUUUUGGUUCUCCUCAAGAUUAUCUACUCCAAGACGCCUCUCACACCACCCUCCUCAUUUUCCUGUCUCUAUCCAUGCUUUACAUCUCCUACUGUCCUGAUCCGUAACAGUGCUCUGGAACUUUCUAAGGUAUUUGAGGGUGAAGAGUUUCUUUAUCUCCUGGCAGAAAGCAUCUUACUUGAGAUGCGAGGUGACUACAAACAUGCUGAUAUUUUGUUAUUUAAACUCGAUAGAGCCAAAGAUGCAUCGGCCAAUACUUUAAGAGUGUUUGCUUCUCAUUUUUUUAAAAUUAUUUCCCAGAGUCUCCACAAGCCGUACAGUGAAGAUGACUUUGCAUGCUAUGACGAUACUUUUUUUACAUUGGAUGGAAUUAAAAGCAUAGGGCCGGUAGUUGUUAUGAACAAUAGGGCCGUGCUACUAAAUAUUUUGUUAGGGGUUGGAGAUGUUGAGUUUGAGGCAAACUCUACACUCCUUGGAGACACAUUCAGACAUCUUUAUAACAUUAAUCAUAAUAUAGACACUACGCCAUGUGUUGGGGAUAGUAAUUUCACCACUGUUCUGCUAGGCAGCUUGGAGGAUGCAUUUAAAAAGUAUUCUGCCUUGAAGAAGAUGCCAAUAAAGGAGUUCAAGACUAUAAUAGAAAACCCCAUCCAUUAUUCACUAUAUUCGCUGUGCAUUGACAUAUGCACAGAACUGGUAAGAAUGAGAGCAUGUGAGUGUAUCUUUUCAGUUAACGAUUUCCGAGAAUAUUUUAUGCUUGAAAACUCCAUCGAGUUUUUGAAAAUUUUCUGCACAAAUUUGAUCAAAUCCUCUGGAAUAGAGGCUAUUUCAAAGAAUGCUAUUGAUCUUCUUAUUUGGACCAAGACUAAGUUUAAGGUUAUAAGCAAAGCAGCCGAAGAAGGGAAAACAAAGAGCUCUUCAAAGAGAGCUAAAACAGUCACGUCCACUGAAGAAGUAAAAAGCUACUGUGAAAUUGUACAUGAGCAAACUGUUCUUAAUUUAAAAGUGUUUUUUGAGGUUCUUGGCUUGAGACUCCUCGAGUUUAAAAAUUUUGAGGAUCUUCUUUCCAGGCCAGAUAGGCUUGUAUUCUUUGAGGAAUGUGCAGAGUUUUACUUUAGUAAUGCAGGCGCAGUCGGCAAUACUGUAUUUGAAGAGGCCAUGGCAAAGAAAAAUGCAAUAAUCCUCAAAAAGGCCAUUUCUAACAUAUUCUACAAUUGCCUUUUUGUCAGACGAAUCCUUCAGGACUUUGAUAUUUCUCUUCUUUCCGAGGUCAUUGAAUGUUCAGAUCCUUGUUUUAAUGUGCUAUUUGUAAAGCCGAUUCUUAAGAACAUGCAUUCCCAACAUCAUAAACAUACAGUACCGGACGACAAGAAUGAUAUUAAAAAUGAUACCAGCAGCACCACAAGCUUAAAACGAGAAGACAGCGGUGUCAAUCUCCUAUCACGUAUUCUUUCUUCUCUACACUUUACCAUCAAUGACCAAAUAAAUGAUCAAUACCUUAUUGAUCUUAUCCAAAAAGAAAAGGAAGAGGUCAGAAUGAUUGUAGAUCCAAGCCUAAUAGAAGAAUAUCAAAUUACAAUCCCACUAUCUAUUGAGCUAAGAAAUUACCAAAAGGAGGGCGUGAAGUGGAUUUCAUUUUUGAGUAGAUUCCACCUAAAUGGGAUUUUGGCAGAUGACAUGGGGCUUGGGAAAACAGUGCAGACGUUGUGCUAUAUUCUUAACGAGAUGUAUUCCAGUAGCAACGGAACGGCAAAUGAUAGCAAACAUACUAACGCAGCACCAAAUAAAAAAGUGUUGAUUCUCUGCCCUGCUUCAGUAUCUUCACACUGGCAUGAUGAAAUUGAGAAGUUCUUUAAUAUUGAAUCUUUCGUUUAUAGUCCUAAAAGAAAUGUCCAGAACAAGCUUUCUGACAUUACCAUAGUAUCGUACGAUACGUUCAGGAGAGACACCUUUCUAGACACGCUGUCCUGGUAUUUCAUAGUGUUCGACGAGGGGCAUCUUUUAAAGAACAGAGCUACCGCCCUGUACACAAAGUGUAAAGGACUACAAGCUGACCAUAAAAUUAUCCUUACAGGAACGCCUGUCCACAAUUCCGUAGACGAUCUGUUCUCUCUCUUCGAUAUUAUCCUUCCAGGAUAUUUGGGAGAUGAGAAUACAUUCAAUUCCAUGUAUGGAUGCAAGGUUAAUGAGAGGAAUGUGCAAGUAAUGGAAAACAGGCUGGAGGCGCUCCAUAAGAAGACACUUCCCUUUGUUAUGAGACGGCUAAAAUCUGAAGUGCUUGUAGAUCUACCGCCUAAGAUUAUCAAGGAUCUCAGCAUCAAAAUGAGCCCUGCACAGGAAGAGCUCUACCGCAAGAUCAACCAGAGUGAGGACGAGUGUGACUAUUCAAAGGGAUAUUCAUCUCUGAAAAGCAAUUCAUUAGUAAGAUUGAAGGACAGUCUUAAGGCUGCAUCCCAUCCCUUUUAUUUCGAUAAAAAUGUUCCCUCAUCUAAGACUGCCACUCUUCUUGAGUUACUGAAUAUGUGUACGAAUUCAAAAAUCCUUGUCUUUUUCCAGUUCAAGAGUACUAUUGAUUUUGUUAUUGAAGAGACUCAGCUGGCGAACUGUUUGAGACUCGACGGGUCAGUGCCUGUGGGCCAGAGAGGUGAGGUUGUAAAUAAGUUUAAUACAGAAGCCGUCCCGUAUCUCUUUCUAACCACCUCGAUUGGAGGACUGGGUCUGAACCUUACAGCAGCCGAUGUAGUGAUAUUCUAUGAGCAUGACUGGAAUCCGUUUAAUGAUCUUCAGGCCAUGGACAGGGCCCAUAGGCUUGGACAAAAGAGGACUGUCAAUGUAUUUAGACUUAUUUGCAAAAAUACCGUUGAGGAGAAGGUAAUGAACUACCAAAACUUCAAGCUUUACGUCGCCAAUUCAAUAAUUACACAGCAGAACAACGAGAUUCAAAAAAUGGAUACAAAAGACAUACUUGAGAGGUUUCAACAGUAG